AUUCUUUUAUUGCACAUGGUAGAACUAUUUCUGUUGUCUGUGCAGCUUACUGAAGAAAAACUGGGAACAUCAGAGAAAACUGAACUAGAUGCACAUUUUGAAAAUCUGGCAGAACGCUCUGAUGUGACAAAGCAAUGGACAGAGAAAAUACUCCGUGACACUGAAGCUGUUCUUACUCCAAACCCAGGUUACAGAGUAGAAGACUUCUUGUUUGAGAAGAUCGACAAGAAACGGCCCAAUCGACUCAGUAACCUCGAGUACCUGGGUCUGGAUAUGAUCGAGGCAGGAAAUGAAUUUGGGCCCGGAACUGCUUAUGGUAGUGCUCUUAUAAAAGUUGGUCAGAAUGAGCAACGUCUUGGCCAUAUAGAGCGAGAUUUCAUUGCCUCUUCCCAUCACUGCUUCCUUGUGCCACUGCGAAAGUUCUUGGACGGAGAGAUGAAAACCAUCCUGAAAGAGAGGAGCAUCCUGGAGAGUAAGAGGCUUGAUUUGGAUGCCUGCAAAAAUCGAGUUCGCAAAGCAAGGAGCAUGCUUGGACAACCUACGGAAGGGCCUAGCCCUGAAUAUUUGCUGGAAGUGGCGGAGAGGGACUUGCGUGUGGCACAGUCAGAGUUUGACCGGCAGGCGGAGAUUACUAAGCUGCUGUUGGAGGGGGUGAGCAGCUCUCAUACGCGACACCUGCGCUGUCUGCACGAGUUCGUGGAGGCGCAGGUCACCUUCUACGCGCAGUGCCACCAGGCCAUGCAGGAGUUGCAGAAGGAUAUCGCCAGUGAGAGGAGGCCUAGCCCAAUGCUGCGGGUCAACAGUGAGGACGUGGACCUGGCCGCACCUGCCCACAUCCCUGUGUCCGAGCAGAGUUACAUCAUGUCAAUGGGGAAGACCAACAGCAGCCCUGCAAUGCCUCAUGCCCACCCCUCCCCCUCUCCUUCCUCCACAUCUGGAGGCCUUCGUGCUCGUGUUCUCUGUGACUACGAUGCCAAAGAUAGCUCAGAACUCAGCCUUAUGACAGAUGAAGUUAUAACAGUCCACAAGAUAGAAGGUGAGACUGACUACAUGUUGGCCGAGAGGGGCAACCAGAGGGGUAGAGUGCCGACAGCGUUUCUUGACGUCAUCAACUGAUCCAUCCCCAACUAUCAGAGCAUCGACUUGUGUGAGCCGUAGCCUCUGUAAAUACAAGACGUCAACCAACGCCUAUUUUUUAAUAAUAAGCAUUUUGUAUUUUUUAUUAAGUAUUCUUUUUAUUUUCAUACAGUUUAUUAUUUAUUUAUAUAUUCAGAGUUAAGUAGUAUUUUAUCCUUUAUUUAUAACAGUUAGUAUUCUUUGUAUAGGGCUUUUAGCCUGAAUAAUGCAAUAAAUAUGUUUUAAUUGUCGGUUUUCUUUAAUUAGUUGUUAAUAUUAACUACAUUUUAUUUAUUGUUUCUUGGCAUUCAUUUCUAGUAACUGUAUAUUUUGGUUCGACCUUAGGUGUAUUCUCUUUUAAUAAUGUGUUUAUUUUUGUUGUAUAUAUUUUAAUUGAAAAGAAAUAUAAAAAUCAAUCAAUUAAGAUAAAGUUUUAUUACUGGUUAAUACACUGUUUCACACUCAACUUCCUAAGAAAGAACUGUUGAUUCUUUUGAAAUUUUAAGUAACAGUAAAAAUGUAAUAAUUUACACCUUCAAAUCAUUGUAGUUAUGGUCAAAUAAUCACCAAAGUAAAUUUGGUUAAUGUUGUAAUUAACGUUAUGAUGAGGAAUUAAAUCUAACAUAAUAAUGGUUCCAGCUAAAUGUUUGUUUAGCUACUAUUCUGUUCUGUUUACCUUGAUACGGAUCUUACUAUAUUGUAGAUUAUGAUUAUAUAGAGUAUUUUUAAAAAUAUAAAAACUGAUGGAACUAAAACUAGAAUAAGUAUUUUGGAUGUGCGGAUCUUAAUUUAUUUAUAUUGUUCCUUAAUAGUACUUUAAAUAACUGGUGAAGCAACAAUACAGCCAGCUAUAAAAAUAUAAAUCCAAUUUAUGAAUGAUCAAAUCAUAAUUAUUUUCUUAUUAUUACUAAUCUUUGGAUACAUUUAUUUGAUGCUGUUGAUUUUACUUACCAAAUGGCAUAUAACUCAGUCCAGUUAUGGCACGACUUUAUUGAAGCACAAGAAUUAGUAAAAUGUAUGUUGAUAGAUUUCAAAUAAUAAAGAUCUCAUUGUUAUAUUGUAUGUAGUAUGUUGUGUUGAUUUUAAAUUCAUUUGUUCAAUUCUUGUUGUCACUUACAGAUAUAUUAUAUAUCAUUUAAAACGGUUGAAAUCAAUAAACUGAAUACAACUUAAGUUGCAGCAAAUGCUCAAUGUGUAUAAUCGUUUUCUCAUCAAAAACUAAGUUAAUCCAUAAUAACUAUACAUUAAAAAAUUAUUGAAAACGUCUUUCUAGGGUCUACUGAUUUGAAAGAAACACAUAAUAGUACACAUAUUUAGAAAUUUUUGAUUGCACUGCAAUCUUUCUCAACCGAUAGAGGGCAAUCUGAUGUAGAAUAGAUUAUAUGAAAAUUGAGACUCAAAGAAUUGUUAGACACAUAUUGUCUCAGUUCUAACAGUAGGAUAACACAAUAUCGUUACAUGGGCAGACAAUUUGAUAGGAAACGUAGAAUUUGUAUUUGUUUGAGAAUUUUAAUAAAUGUGAAGUUUGAUCCAUUAGCUUGCUUUAACAAACUCCAGCAAUUCCAGUGUAAUGUAAAAUAGUAAGUUAUAUGGAACACCACAUUAUGAAGUGUACUUAGUGACACAUUGACAGUCAUAGUCUAUGUGAGUUUUCUUAUGAGCUAGGACCAAUAUUUUGUGUUGAAUAAGAAUAGUGCUGUAAAAUGUCUUAUGGGUAGAAUGUUAGAACGAGUUGAGAAAACCAUUGCUUAAAUGGAAAAUGGGUUUUCAAUGUUUUGGGUAUUAGUCUAUUGAGAGCCAAGAAUCAGAAAUUUUGUGGAAAAUUAAAUGUGCCAUUACAAAAUAUUCUUUAGUUACUUUGGCUCAAUAUUAACACACAGUUGCACUCUAUUUUACUGUUCCAAACACAAGUCUCUUAGAAUUACGCCCAAGAAUUCAAUGUAGGCAUCUCAGAUUUUUAAUACAGAAUAAUGAAUCACUAAAUGUUUUACGGUAUUUCCUUUCCAAAAACCAAAGAAGUGGCAACAUUUCAAAUAGCAAAGUCUUUACAACCAUUAACAGGAAAAUCGAUGCCGCCGCUUCACAAAAAUGUUCUCACUGUAUAAUAAAGAAUAGCCAUUUAAGGUUAAGAAUUCAAUAUUUUAAGUUUUAAACAAAAAGAUAGGUCACCUUUCCAAGCACAACUAUAAAAAUUUGGAUUCAAAACUUGUAUACAUUUUUAUAAUAUUGCUAAAGUAAUUUGUUAUAAAAAGAUUUUAAUGUUCCAGAAUAGUCUCUGUUUUGUCUGUAUAUUAUGAAAUUUAAUAAAACAUAUAUUUUAAAAUUUGUAGGAUGGACAGUGUUAAGGAAGGUUUGUUUUAUACAUGUGACAUCCUCCAUAGAUGUUAAUGCCCUUUGUCACCCAAGUUUAAAAAAUAAAGAA